AGCCCCUUGCCCCCGCCGUGUCCCGCGGCGAGGAUUGGCCUAACCGGGCCGGGGGCGGGGGCGGUGACGCCCCGCGGGGGAACCUCGGCCGCUCGGCGGAAAAUCGAAACUUCACCGGGCGGCGGCGGCGGCGGAGCGGAAGCUCCCGGCGGCAUGGAGCGCCACGCGUGCCCGCAAGGCUCCGGGGAUCGAUCCGGUGCCCGCAGCGCGUGCGGGGCCCGGCCGGGCGCGGGGGCUGCGGCCUCAGAAAGAGGAGAUGUGAAGCUCACUCCAGACCCCGAUACAGGAGCAGAGCCUAGAGGAGAGGUGAAGGGAGAAGGUGCUGAUGGGUCUUCUACUACUGAAACAAAGGAGGAGGGAGGACUGCUGCUGGAGGGCAUCACAGCUCUGAGCAGUACCUCAAAGACUGCACCUGAACGUGGUGCUGAUGGCCCUUCCACUACUGCAACAAGGGAGGAUGGGAAGGAGAAGGAAGAGGGAGCAUCACUGCUGGAGGGCAAAGCAGCUCCAAGUGGCGUCUCGGAGACCUCACCUCAGGGUAUGGCAGGCAUUGCUGCCCAAACAUCACAGAAGAAGAAAAAGAGGAAUAAAGCAAAGACAAUUCCUUCUGGCUCUGGGGAGCAGGAGUCUCUGCCUUCUCUAAGCACAGCACCAGCUCAAACUGCAGAGUUGUCUGGUGCUUGCCUUGUUGCACAGAAAAUCCAAACACCGGGCAGUGAAGUAGCCAAACCAGGUGCUGACUUACUUGCUGGGGACAACAGAGGUGCACUUGAAAAUGGUGGUGUCUCGGGCCACUUGGGAAAGGAAGCUCAGAGUCUGGAGAUGGUUGCAGAAGGCAGUCACAGCAGUGUAGCUGUGAUGACCCCGUCAAAGGAGAGCACUGCUAAUAAUGUGGCUGCCCCGUCUCCAGGCUCUACAGCCCUGAAGGAAGUGAGAGGUGGAAGUACCACACAGAGCGGAGAAUUGGUCAGGAGUAACGUGGAAGAGAGCAGUGGCGUGUCUGACACCGCCCAGCUUCUGGAAUCCAGACCAGAUUCCCAGUCUGUGGGUAGCCAAAACAAACUGACCUCAACAGGAGGAAGACCGAACACUUCUUCUGGGUCUUCCCCUGGUUCACGAGUGUCUGAAAGUAAGCUUGCAACUUCUUGUGCUGAACAUGAAAGUCAAAACACGAAGAAUCCUACCGUGGUCAAAAGCGUAGAGGCUGGUAAAGGUAAACAAGACACCAGCCAGGAAGUAAGCUGUGUGACUGCCAAGAAGGAAGACGUGAAGGAGAAAAAGAAGACCCAAAAUGAGAAAGCUCAUGAAGCAACUGAGAAGACAAAACAGACCAAAGGACCUGGGACUGAUAGAAAGAAUGAUGCUUCAGCUGUAACAAACAGUUGCAAGGAUGAAAAUCAGCAGAGGAACCAGGAGCCUGUGGAUAAGAGUAAAGAAAGCUCUGUGAAACAAAGUGAGCGUAUUACAGUGUAUUUCCAUGCAGUAUUGUCUAAAGACUUCAAGCUAAACCCUGAGACCCAUAAAGUGUUCAUUAAGGCUCAAGACAUUCCUGACUACACAGACUGGAAGGACAACAUUUGUGAGCUGAACUGCACCAAGCAACUAGGAGAACAUGGAUACCUCAUUGAGGGCUGUGUAGCUCUUGCGAAGGAAAGUAUGAAUAAAUGCAUUCCUUACAAAUACUGGAUUUCCUGUGGUGAAGGACAAUAUGAAUUUAUUUACAAGGAUCCAGUAAAAAAUAAUUAUGUGAAUCGCUGCUUAUUCAUACAGAGCGCAUUGAUCAGCAAUGGAGAAUGGCACCAGUAUGAUGACAUUGUCUGUGCAAAGCCUUCACUAAUUAAAAACAUCAAGAAUCGUCUACCAUUUCAAGAUAAAAAAAAAGAUAUUGUGAAUGGGAAGAUAAUAGCUGCAAAUAUUAUGUUAGAAAAUAUCUUCAGCAUUCUUGGAACCUGGAGCUCCGUCAACCUGACAAACUUCUUCUCUCAGCUGAAACAAUUUCACUGUGUUACAAAGGAACCAUGUGUGUAUAGUGGCAUGAAAUUGGCAUGGGAAGAGUUAGACUUUGGAGAACAGCAGGUGAAUGAUUUGCUGCUACAAUAUAUCAGGGAAAUAGCUCGUCCUUUCCUUCUUCCGGAAGGUGCAGAAGCCUCGCAGAAGGGUAUAGCAAUAAAAAGUAAACUAGCUCUAGGGCUCACCCUUCUCAGAGUAGUUGACAUGUUCAAUCUACCAACAACGAAAGAGGAUCUGGCUGCCCUGUGUAGCCUCUUGUGCUUGGAGAAGAAGUCAGAAAAAACCAUACAGGAUGAAAUUCAUCAGAUCAAAGUGGCUUUUGUAAAACUUGGAAGUUUGAGGCCUCAACUGAUAAACCUGUAUCAGAGAUGCAUUGAUGAAGAAGUAGACCACUGGGUGUGGAUUCUUCCUGUUCUGCAUUUACUUACUGCUCAUCCCCAGCUUGACUACUUCCCAAUAGAAGAAGAUAACUGGGCAGGGCUGGAAGGAAUUCCAUUUGUUGAAACAAGGAAGCAUCAUAGGAUGGACAUACUGCGACUAAUGAAAGAAAAGAAAUACUUGAUGGAAUUUGACAGGACUCUGGUCAAGUCCUGGAUCUCUGUGCUGCCCAUGGAAUGCCUGGCUGAAUUCAUAGAAGAUUUCUCCUGUGAUUUGUUAGUUUCUCUCCAAGGUGUUUCUUACAGAUUAGAGAACACUGGCCCUUCAAACAGCAAGGUAAUUGAGAGUCUUGUUAUGGCACUGCUGUGUACCUUGGAGGACAAACAGGCAAGAGCUCUGGAAGCUUGCUCUUGGCAGUCCUGCUUGACCCUCUGCCUCAAGCUACACGAGAGUGUCUGCAAGCACACAAAGAUGGUGUUAGAGUUCAAUAUUCCUGCCACUACGGCCAUGAUGAUUUCAAAGGUUGCCAGACUUCAGCCCACAGCAGUUGUGAGAGAUGAAACCAUACAGGAAGCUUCAGUGGUAGAAGUAUUCAACGAAGCUCUAAGACAUACUCGAGCCUGGUUCAGAAAUGCUUUACGCCAGAAGUUACUGUCAGAAUUGAAAGAGCCUGUGGCAUUCUCUUUUUCUAAGGAACCUGAGGCCUGGAAUGAAUUUGUGAGUAUCAGCUUUCCAGAUGAACAGUUCACUGAGAGGUGGAAGACGACUUUACUUGCAGAUUUGGAAAGAAGAAUUCAGGCGGAGCCUCCAGUUAAACAAAUCUUAGCUUACUGCUGUCAGUAUCACCAAAUUCAAAGUCUUAACAGUUCCAUUGGUUGGUGUUUCGAAAAUUGUGCCAUAGAGGCCGUAACUGCAGCUUGCCAGACUCAGAGCAAUCUCCUUGAUAUGAUACCUUCCUGCAACGUGGACCAAUUUGGCCAGCUUAUAUCAACUAUUAUUGUGAAAUCAUGGCCGAGAAAGAGCGAGCAGUCCAAGGAUGAUAUUGAUGAGACUUUGCACCACAUGCUUACAUGGCCUGGCAUCAAGAAUAUCUUCAGAUUUAAUGGAGGAAACACAAAGCUCCUAGGACAACUUACAGAUGAAGCAAAAAAUGUAAUAGCCACAGCAGAUUCUUUGUUCAUGAGUGUCACCGAUGGCAUCCAGGAAGGGAAUAUCCUUGUGAAGCAUCUGGAAGAGGUUUUGCAGCAUGAGAAACAGUUCAUCUGUAUCUGGGAGCUAAAGCACAGCCAGCUGUCACGUGAGGACAAAGAACAACUCCAGAGAGAACUGGAACAAGUGCUGCAGAAGAGUCGAGAAGAAGUAACAUUCAUCAGAAAACAGAAAAAAGCAAUAGGAACCUUUCUGAAUAUGUGCAGGAAGGUGCAGGCAUCUGUGAAAGUGGAUGUAGGUGAGGUGGAGCUUCAACACUCAGAAGAUUUUCGCUUAAAGAAACUAAAUGAAGUUGUGAAUGUGGGAAAAAGACCUAUAGAGACUUACUACAGUCUGAGCCAAGAGCUGAAACAAUUUGCCCAGAAAAUGCACUCCUUUAAAGAUAGCCUGAUCUUCCAGCACUUUUGGGAGGAAGCUGCCAAGAAGAUGAGAGAAGAGGACGUUUUGGAGGAGGAGGAGUUUGUUCCUGUGUUGGACCUUGAUAACGUUUUCAGUCAUCUAAUCUCCCCUUGUUUUAUGAGUUAUGAAAGGUUGUAUGAAGAUCUCAGGUCUGGAAGUCUCACUCUGUCUGCAGUUGAUACAGUUUUUCAAGAAUUCAGAAAUCAUUCUGAAAUUAUCAAAACUGAGCUAAGGAUCAUAUGUGAACUUAAACCUGGAGAAGAGAGAGACUGGGUUGAUCAGCGAUUGCAGCAGAUCCAGCAGUAUCAUGAAAUGCAUCUAACUUUAGAUGCUGCAAAGAUUAUUGCCCAUGUCAAAGAGAAUUUAAACCUCUCUGGUGACUUCAGCAUCCUGGAAAGCUUGUUGGACAUAACAGAAAAGCUUGAAUCGUACAAGGCACAAAAGCUGGACUCCAUCAGCCCUGAGCUUAUGCAUGCCAAGAAACUGCUGGAGGGGAUCACUGUGAACCGUCGUGGGUGCCUGGGGGAGCUGGCCAAGCAGAAGGAGUUUGUCUGUUGGGUCAGAGAAGCACUGAAAGAUAUAAAUGAGCUGAAAGUAUUUGUAGACUUGGCUUCUAUCUCUGCUGGGGAGAAUGACAUGGAUGUGGACCGUGUGGCUUGUUUCCAUGAUGCUGUACAUGGCUACUCUUCCCUGCUCUAUGAGCUGAGGCAAGAGUCAGGGUUUGAGGACUUCAUGCAGUGCUUGAGAAAGCUGUGGCGAGCCCUGGACACUGAUGAGAGUCUUCCCAAAAAACUGCGUGCUUCAGCUCAACACCUAGAGUGGCUGAAAACGGUGAAAGAGAGCCAUGGGUCUGUGGAGCUCUCAUCGCUGUCACUGGCAGCCACCAUCAACAGCAGAGGGGUGUACGUUCUCAGAGCACCGUCCGAUGGCCAAAAGGUUUCUUUAGACAAUGUCCUGCAUCUCACCGUCCCCGAGAGCUCUGAGGAUAAUAAGCCGUCAUGGAAAUAUUCUCUGGCAGAACUUCAUGAACUGCAGAACAAACUGAUGCUCAUGUCAGCAAAGGGAGAGCAAGGCCUGGAGGUGGAAAAGUUCUCUGAGACCUUUUCCAACGUCCAAAGACUUGCACAGGCCUUUAUAGACCUUUAUUCAGCUGGGAACAUGCUCUUCCGCUCCUGGCUUGCCAAAGUGAAUUGCUCACCAAAAAACGAGUCGUGUGUUUUUAUAGACUUUUCUCUGGAACUGAUCCCAGUGCUAGAAGGGCGAGGAGAGAUGGCAGCUGUGCUCCCAGGCCUCUGCAAAACAAUGGAGAGCUUCCUGGAGAGGUGGAAAAGCUUCAUGUGUGAAAAGCGAUUACAACACUUCUACUUGAACUACUACACUGCUGAGCAGCUGGUCUAUUUGAGCACAGAACUGGGACGGGGAGAGCCCAGCCAGAAUGCCCUGAUGAUGCUUUCAUUCCUAAAACAUAACUGCACCACAGAGGAUGUCCUUAGAGCCUCCAGCAGCCAGGAACCCCCCAGCUCAGGCAAGGUUGUUUCCGACUUACCUGUGCUGCUGGAUGGAGAGAGGGACUUGACCACCCGUCUGGAGUGCAUCUGGGAGUGCUACAUGAGCAACAUGGGCUCCUUCCUUCCAAACUGCCUGGAUGUCGAUACACUUGGUAGGUGGCUGAAAAGCCUGGCCAGCUGGGAGAGAGAACACAUCACCAGAGAUUUCCCCCAGGACCUCCUGCAUGUCGGUCAGCCCAACCUCAUCACGUGUCCUCGCUCUGAGGUGCUCACUUCUGCGCUGGCUAUUUACAUGAAUAGCCCCAACCAGCCCCUUCCCACUUUUGAUGAAGUUCUUCUGUGCACUCCUCAGACCACUGCUGAGCAAGUGGGGCUCUUCCUCAGAAGGUGCCUCAUUCACUGCAGUGGAGUGGAGAAAAUUUAUACCAUGCUGUAUGCAGAUGAGCUUAGUUACGAUGUCAGCUGCAGAGCAGAGGAGCUGUUCCAGCACCUGCAGCGGUUCAACAGCAGCUAUCGCCUCAUCAUUCUGUGCAACUGCGAGAGGGAGCACAGCUACAUCCCGUCUGUCUUCAGCCAGUACAAAGUGCACAUGAUCCCCCAGAGGUCACUACCUGAAAUCCAGGGAUACCUUCAGCACCACUACAGAGUCACUCAGCCUUCAAACUCAGCUGCUUCUGUGUUCAAGGACAACAUGUGUGUUGGGAUUGUAUCCUCCAAAAGAGCUGGUGUAGGGAAAUCUCUCUAUGUGAGGCGGCUACAUGAGAGACUGAAAGCACAGCAGCCUGACUGCACAGAACUUCUGAAAACCAUCAGACUGAUUGAACCAGCAGUGGAUGAAGAUAAAGUGCUAAAAUAUCUUCUGCCUUUUCUGAAGAGGCAACAACAGACAAAACCCAUGAUAUUCCAUUUUGAUAUUACCUCUUCAGUACAAAGUGGAGUUCCAGAAUUUCUAUUCAAGCUGUUGGUUUUGCAGUACCUGACAGACAUUAAUGGCAAUAUGUGGCUACGACAGAAGUGCCAUUUGUAUAUCAUUGAAAUCCUUGAGGUGUCACCACUGCCAAAGGAAAGAGCAAGACGCAUACCAUUGAGCCAGAAGUAUAAUUUCCUUGAUGUAUUCCCUAAAAUAACAUGCAAGUCUCCCAAGGAGGUGCUAGAAAUGGAGACACUUGGGAACCGGUCCAGGGAUGUUUCAGACCCAGGAAUGGAUGAGGAGGAAUUUUACAGUGAGGCUUUCCAGAGACCUUUCCAGUAUCUAAAAAGAUUUGAUAGUGGGUGCAAUUUGGACACGUUCUGUUAUGAAGCACACUCUGUGGAAGGGAGCCAUGCAGAAUGCCUGCAACAGUUCCUCCUGCACUGUGGGAUCAUGGAUCCGUCCUGGUCAGAAAUCCGGAACUUCGCGUGGUUUCUCAACAUUCAGUUGAGAGACUGUGAGGCUUCUGUGUUUUGCAACCCUGACUUUGUCCAGGACACGCUGCAAGGUUUCAAGAGCUUUGUUGUUGCCUUCAUGAUUUUGAUGGCAAGAGAUUUUGCAACACCCUCCCUACACAUUUCUGAUGAAAGUUCAGGAAGGCAAUCCUCCAACCUGGAGAACGUUGCAGAAGAUGAUCUUCUUCCUUUCCGCAUUCGGAAGAAGUGGGAGUCAGAGCCUCAUCCAUAUUUGUUUUUCAAUGAAGAUCGCGUGUCCAUGACUUUCAUUGGCUUCCACUUUCAGCCCAAUGGCAGUAAUGGCGUUGAUGCAAUUAAUCCUUUGAAUGGCAAAAUUAUCAAGAGAAAUGUCAUGACUUCACAGUUGUAUAGUGGUUUGUUACUCCAAAGAGUUCCCUUUGAUGUUCCAUUUGAUAACUUGCCCCGUCAUGAGAAGCUAGAGAGGCUUUGCAUGGUUUUGGGAAUCCCCUGGGUAACAGACCCUGAUGAGACAUAUGAACUCACAACAGACAACGUGCUAAAAAUCUUGGCUAUUGAGAUGCGAUUCAGAUGCAACAUCCCAGUUGUCAUCAUGGGAGAAACAGGCUGUGGGAAAACAAGGCUUGUCAAGUUUCUGUGCCAGUUACGCAGAAGCUACAUAGGGGUGGAGAACAUGAAGCUUGUAAAAGUUCAUGGAGGUACUACUGCAGAGAUGAUUUAUGCCAAGAUUAAAGAAGCAGAAGCCCUUGCUGUAGCCAAUAAGAAAGAGCAUGGGUUGGACACGGUCCUUUUUUUUGAUGAAGCCAACACAACAGAGGCUGUGAGCAGCAUCAAGGAAGUUCUGUGUGACCGCACAGUAGAAGGGAAGCCUUUGGUCUCUUGCUCUGGCUUGCAGAUCAUAGCAGCCUGCAACCCUUACCGUAAGCACACCCCAAAGAUGAUUCAGCGCUUGGAAUUAGCUGGGUUGGGCUACCGUGUCAAAGCAGAUGAGACAAAGGAUAAGCUUGGAUCUAUUCCACUGAGACAGCUUGUGUACCGGGUCCAUGCACUGCCACCUAGCAUGAUCCCAUUAGUGUGGGAUUUUGGGCAGCUGGAUGACUUAACUGAAAAAAUGUACAUACAACAGAUCGUACAGAGAGUUACUGAAUGCAUCCCGAUGAGCGAGUCUGAAGCAGAGGUAAUCACGGAUGUGCUUUUUGCUUCUCAGCGACACAUGAGGCUGAGGGAUGAUGAAUGUAGCUUCGUCAGCCUGCGGGAUGUGGAGCGCUGCAUGGAAGUUUUCAAGUGGUUUCACAAGCACAGUAAAUUACUGCUGAAGGAGCUCGAGAAGUACCUUGCUGAAAUGAGAGCUCCAAAGAGCACUGAGAGAAACAUCGUUUUCUGGUCCUUAGUGCUGGCAGUUGGAGUUUGCUAUCACGCGUCCUUGGAAAGGAAGGAGGCAUAUAGGAAUGCUAUCAGCCAGGUCCUUCCAAAGCCUUAUGAUACUCAGAAAAAGAUUUUGGAAGAAAUCACCCUGAUGCAGGACUUAUUCCUGAGUGGUGUGUACCUCCGAGACACCAUAGCAAGAAACUUGGCCUUAAAGGAAAAUGUCUUUAUGAUGGUCAUCUGUAUUGAGCUGAAAAUCCCUCUUUUUCUUGUUGGGAAGCCUGGGAGCUCCAAGUCCCUCGCAAAAACCAUUGUGGCUGAUGCUAUGCAGGGCCAGGCUGCUCAUUCAGAUCUGUUCAAGGACCUGAAGCAGAUCCACUUGGUGUCUUUUCAGUGCAGUCCUCUCUCCACUCCAGAGGGAAUCAUAGGCACUUUCAAGCACUGUGCUCGAUUCCAGGAUGGGAAGAACCUGGAUGAGUAUGCCUCUGUGGUGGUUUUGGAUGAGAUUGGGCUGGCAGAAGAUUCUCCCAAAAUGCCUUUGAAGACUUUACAUCCGCUUUUGGAAGAUGGCUGCAUAGAUGAUGUCCCUCUUCCUCACAAGAAGGUUGGCUUCAUUGGGAUUUCCAACUGGGCUUUGGACCCUGCUAAAAUGAAUCGAGGCAUUUUUGUCUCACGUGGUGACCCCAGCAAAGAGGAGCUCAUAGAAAGCGCAAAGGGGAUUUGUUGCUCGGCACCAGGGGCUUUGCAGAAGGUUGAACAGUAUUUUCAUCACUUUGCAGAUGCAUUUGAAAACAUUUGCAAGGUCCAGGACAGGGAGUUCUUUGGUCUGCGUGACUACUACAGCCUCAUAAAGAUGUUCUUUGCUUUGGCUAAGAACUCUGAAAGUGAGCCAACACCUCGAGACAUAGCUGAAGUUGUUCUUCGUAACUUCAGUGGCAAAGAUGAUAUCAAGGCCUUGGAAAUAUUCACUUCGCAGCUACCAGAAAAAGGAGAAAUAAAUGCUCGGGACAUCAGUAGGAUUGAGCUGGUGCGACAAAACAUUUACAGCAGUGGAGAGGAUGGGGAUUGCAGGUACCUGCUUGUGCUGACUGAGAAUUAUGCAGCACUGCAGAUCCUCCAGCAGGCCUUUUUUACUGCCCGGCAACAGCCAGAAAUUAUCUUUGGCUCCAGUUUCCCGAAGGACCAAGAGUAUACCCAGAUAUGCAGGAACAUCAACCGUGUGAAGGUUUGCAUGGAAACUGGCCAAAUGGUAGUGCUUCUCAACUUGCAGAACCUUUAUGAAAGCCUCUACGAUGCCCUUAAUCAAUACUACGUGUACCUUGCUGGCCAGAAAUAUGUUGAUUUGGGACUGGGCACCCACCGGGUGAAGUGCCGAGUGCACCCCAAGUUCCGCUUGAUAGUCAUCGAGGAGAAAGACGUGGUGUACAAGCACUUCCCCAUCCCACUGAUCAACAGGCUGGAAAAGCACUACGUGGAUAUCAGUACGGUCCUGGACAAGGAUCAAAGAGGAGUUGUGAGAGAGCUGAAGAAGUGGGUGCAUGACUUUGUCACAGUCAACACAGGAGAGCACUUCAUGAGCAAACAGAAAUACAGCCCUUCUGACGUGUUUGUGGGCUACCAUUCAGAUACCUGUGCCUCGGUGGUCCUGCAGACAACAGAAAGGCUGAAGGCAGCGUGUCCCCCCUGUCAGCUCCUGUCACGUGUGAAGGAGGAGGCGCAGCUGGCGCUGCUCAACUGUGCCACCCCGGACUCCGUGAUCCGUCUCUGCAACUCCGUGGACUUGUACAUGGCCAAUUCUCUGGCAGAUACGUACUUCAAACAACAGCAGCACACGUCUUUUGCAGACUUCCUCCGAGCUCAUGUCCACAGCGGGUCUCAGUGCCAAACACUCUUUACAGAGGUCACCACCUUCUCAAGGCUUCUCACUAGUGCUGACUCUGCUUGUCUGGAGAGAGAGGUGCAGGAUAAAGCACAGAGGCCUCGGAUCCUGUUCCUGCAGCAGUUUGACACAGAAUACUCGUUCCUAAAAGGGAUCCGAGAUUUCCUUGAGGCGACAUCAGGAAAUAAAAUCCUUAUUAUUCAGGCAGACUUUGAAGAUGGCUCUCAAAAUGCCCAGCUCGUCGCCUCAGCCAGAUACACUGUUGUUAAUGAAAUCAACAAGGUGGACUUAGGAGAAGCCUCUGUCUUUGUUUACUUUAUUAUGAAGCUUCCUCGGGUGGAAGGAGGAACGUCCUACGUAGGAUUCCACGGAGGUCUGUGGCAGUCAGUGCAUAUAGAUGAUCUCCGCAGAUCUAAGGACAUGAUCUCUGAUAUGGCUGCCCUGCAGAACCUCACCAUCAGCCAGAUGCUCUGUGGGGAUUCAGCUCUACCUGCAAAUGGAGAAGAGGAAAAUGAGGCUGAAGCAUCGGUGCCAGAAACAGAGCGCUUUGAGGAUGGAGUCCUGGACACCAUUGUACUGCUGAGGAGCUGUGUACAAAGUGCUGUGGGAAUGCUACGGGACCAAAAUGAAGAUCUUAGUCGCAGCAGAAAGCGAAUUGAGAUUCUCCUUAGCCUUCUAUCCAAAGAGGAUGUCUUGAAAGCCUCUUUCCUCAAGAUAACAAAGGCUCGUCUCUCCAACCUUUUGAAGAAGCAAGAAGAAAAUUCCUUUUACCAAAAAAACUGGGUGCUUCGGGAGGCUUCCAACCUAAGUGCUCUUCAGGAGGCUGGCACCUUCAGGCACACCUUGUGGAAGCGAGUCCAGAACGUGAUCACUCCAUUCCUGGCUCUCCUGAUUGCUGUCAUAGACAGAAAUGGCAAUCUGGAGCUGUUGGUCAGGCCGACACCUGAGUGGGUGACAAAGCUGUGGAUGUUCAUCUUCAGUGAUACAAAACUUCUGACUAUCCCUUACAAUGUGGGUAAAAACAGCUCUCAGACAGAGAUAAUCCUGGUGCAGAACAGCAUGAUGGUGUCUGCUGAUGCUGGGAAUGAGAUGCCCUUCAGCUGGAGGAUAAAGGAGUAUUUGGAUGAGAUGUGGCUGGAAACUCAAUACAUCCAAAACACUGAUGACCAAGCUGAGAAGUUUGUGGAUAUCUUCCACAAAACUGCACUGGGAAAAUUUCUCUCUUCUCUGACUGAGGAAGAAAGGCAGAUGCUCUUCCAGUGCUAUAUCACAGACUUCAUUGUCUUGACCCUGAAACGGGAGAGGCUCAGUGUGUCCUCCCAAGAGGAACUGCAGUGUCUGCAAAUUGCCUUCUUAUCCUGUAUAAAAGAAUGGAAAGCAACAUCUCCCAGAAGAGAGGAUACAGUGCCAUGCUUGCCUUGGGUCCACCUUGGAUACAAUCAGUUCAAGAGCCGUCUGCAGAACUUCUCUAGGAUCCUGGCUGUACACCCCAGUGUGGUUGGCCCCCUUAUGAAGCUGAGAGGAUACAGAAUGCAGCAUUCAGAGAUGGUUUUAGAUGUGUUAGCUGCAAUCGUGUGUGCUGAAGAGCUGGAGAAUCAAGUGCAGACAGCAGUUCCAGCUAUCUGGCUGCAGAAAGUGAAAAAUCUUCAAAUGCCAAUUGAAUUUCUCUGUAAAGAAAAGGAUUUACAGAGGAGUGGGAGUCAGUGCCAUCAGCUGCUAAAACAACUCAAAGUCUGCUGGAACCGGGUUUUCUCCAUGUCUCUGUUUGUAGAACACGUGUUAUUUGGUAUCAACGCUUUGAUGCCAGAGUUUGAGAGUUUAGUGAAAAAAUACACUUUGCUUCUUGCCAAGUGUUUUCAACAGGAUUCAGACAUGAAGACUCAUCCAACUUUUGUUGCAAUGAUGAAAGUGCUGUGUGAAUGUAAGGAGGAAGUCAGCCACAGGCUCUACAGAUAUGGUUUGAAGCCGUGUUCGAUUUGCCUAGGAGAGCCAAAGGAUCCAGUUUGCCUGCAUUGCUGCCAUGCGUUUUGUCAGAAGUGCAUCAGUACAUGGCUAAUACCAGCACAGAUGCAUUGUCCAGUCUGCAGAGUUGCUGUUGAGGAUGCUAAUUUAACUGUUUCUGAGGAACUCAGCGCUGCCAUAGAAAAAAAUGCCCUGUUCCGGCAGAGGUGCAAUAGUUUCUUCAUAGAUGUGGUUACUACCAUGUGCUUCAAGGACAAUGAGCCCCCUGAGACAGAGGUGAUCCAAGAGCUCCUUAAUCUGCUGUUUGUUCACAGAGACCUGCUGAAAGAUUCAGUUCACCCUACUACCUACACAAAAUUUCUGUCCCCGUUUGAUGACGAAGUAGAUGAAACUCCCAUCAUUCGCUCAGUAAUGUUGAAGCUCCUCUUGAAGUACAGCUUCAGUGAAGUGAAAAAUGAUGUGCAAGAUUACCUGUCCCGGGUAGAACACAGCCGGAUCCUGGAGAAAAAUGAUAAAAAAGAACUCUGCUUGCUUUUUGUCAACUGCUUGGAGGAUUCUAUGUGUGAAAAGUCUGAAGGCAGUCUUGGAUAUGAGCAUAUCAGCUAUCUGCCUGAAGACAGAGGCUUUCCAGAUAACUAUCUCCCAAAAAGCAAUCAAGAAGCUCCUCAGGAAUUGUCCGUUGAAUAUCUGCAGGCAGUAGCUAAGGUUCGCUUGUACCUGAGUAAGGCUGCAGAGCUGCUCUUUGACUUGCAUGAGCUCCCAGUGCAAGACCGGGCAGAGGAGAAGCAGCGUUACUUGGCAAAUGUGAAGGCGUUCUGUAGCCUCACCAAGAACAACUGGCAUUGUGUUUACCUGGUUCGGAAAAUUGCUAACCAGUAUGGGAUGGAAUUUGCUCAGAAGCUUGUCAGGGAGGCACAGUUUAACUGGGUGUUCCCAGCAGAAAUUCUGCAACAGGUACAGAUCAGCCAGUCUAAUCACAUUGAUCGUUACCUGGCAUGUGGCAAGAAUUACAGAGUCCUGCGUGAUGCUGUGGGGAAAGCCAUGAUUGAGUGCAAGACUGAGGAUCUUCUAGAGGCAGAGAAGGCAUCUAGCAGCUCCCCUGCUGUACAGGCUGUCCAUCUGCUCCUGGCUAUUUUCAGAGAGGUCACCGCCCUGUAUGGAGUUAAUGACUCCAAUCUUCAUCCCAAACAGCAGCAAAUAAGUGCUAUGACUGAAUUCAUCCAGAACUCCAGAGUCCUGAAUUCUCCAGACACGCAAAACUUUGCAGCUUGUCUUGUGACGAAUACGCUGCCAUCUCUUCUGACAGUGGAUCCUCAGAGCUUCAGCCACAAUGGAGCGCUAAUUGAGAUGGCUGUUCAUACUACAGCUGUCUUGCUGUGUGGGCAGAACCCCAUCCUGCAGCCCCUGAGGAAUCUGGCAUUUGCUCCAGAUACCAUGGAGCGCUCUUUUCUGCCUACAAUGCCAGAAGAUAUAAUGGCUCAGGCGAGGACCUGGGAAGGAGUGUCUGCUCUGCACUGGUACACAUGUCCAAAUGGCCACCCCUGCGCUGUAGGAGAGUGUGGCAAGCCCAUGGAAAUCAGCCGCUGUCUUGACUGUGGUGCCCAAGUUGGAGGGGAACAACACAGAUCACUGCCUGGCUUUCAAGCAUUUGGGAAUAACGAAGACAGAACUCAAACAGGCCACAUACUUGGAGAUGCACAGCGCAGAAAAGAAAUGGUGGAAGUGUCUGACCGACCCAUGUCCCCAGUUGUCUUCAUUCUGAUACGCUUGCUCACACAUCUGGCAAUGUUACUGGGAGCCACAAAGGAUCCUCAGUCACUGCGAAAGAUUAUCAAGCCACCGGUGCGCAACACAGUAACUUUCCUGCAGCAGCAUAUUCAGGAGGACUUGGCACAGAUGACAAAAAUUUUGGGAAAGAGUGUAGAUGAGACUAUCAACAUCCUUCAUCUUGUCCUAAGCAGCCUCCUCAAAGACCCCCAUCAGCAUCCAAGCCAAUGGCCAGUUCAAUUUGAUGGUACGCUUUCCACCAAGGAGAAAAGAAACAAGUGGGAAAGAAUUGUUGCAGACACAGUUAUUGUUCCUGAGUUGGAGGGUUUGGAUAAAAAACUUCUGAAGUUAAAUAAAGAAAUUCAACAGGAUGAGAGAAUCUCUUCCAACCUAGUAGUGAAAAUGGUGUAUGGCGAUCCAGUCACUUUCCUGUCCCAGCUGCCCAAGGACAGUCACAUCCAUCAUUCCAAGAUGUGGAGCUGCCGAAAGAGAAUUUCAGUGGAGAACCUGGGCCAUGUAGUCCAGCAAAAUAAUGCCAAGGACAGUGUCCCUCUCCUGUGGAAGUUUCUGCAGAAGGAAACAGAACUGAGGCUGGUUAAAACUUUACCAGAGAUUCUGGCUCUUCAGAGAGACUUAGUGAGGCAAUUUCAGAACACUGCUCAUGUCAAGCGCUGCACGAUCAGAGACUUCCUCAACGAACCCCGCUCAGAUGUGAUGAGGGACCUGUUACAGAGGAGAGUUAACGUGUUCCUGUCUGUCUGGAACAAGCUGAGAAGAUCACUGGAUACCAAUGGGGAAAUUAAGCUUCCUGAAGGCUACUGUGAUGCUGACCUGACCAUGGACAGCAAGCUUGAGGUCCUUCUGCCACGUCGACAGGGACUGGGCCUCUGCUCCACAGCCUUAGCCAGUUAUCUCAUUAGUCUGCACAAUGACUUUAUCCAUUUGGUGAACAAACAUACCAAAGAAGAUGACAGGUACCUGAUCAGUCCAUCAGAAGUAGCUGACCUGCACUUGAUCAGUUACGAGGUUGAGAGAGACCUGAUUCCUCUGAUCUUAUCCAACUGCCAGUACAGCAUGGAGAAGGGUGGGGAGACGUUGCAGCACUUUGAUCUGGAGAGAAUCCAGCAGCAAGUCAUCAGCAAGUUCUUGCAGGGGAAGCCGCUCAUCACCCUAAUGGGAAUACCUACCCUCGUGUACAGACGUGAUCGAAAUUAUGAAGAGCUGUUUAAUGAUGUCAGGAAUAAGCUGGAUCAGACUGCUCUUCCCAGUUCUGUUAUGAGCACGAUCAGUGGGGAACUACAGUCUUACAGUGAUGUCUGUGAUGCUCUGUCUGUCGCUGAAAUUACCUUGGGAUUCCUGGCCAUGGCUGGAGAGAAUGCAGAAAUGUUUCUGACUGACUACGUUGUAAACGUUCUGCAGAUGGGUGAUCAGACAAACCCUCAUGUGCUGCAGGCCCUCGGACGAUGCCACCUAAAGCACAGCAUAGCCCUUUGGCAACUUCUCUCCACCCGCAAAUCUGAGCAGCUUCUGCGCAUCAAAAGGGAUCCUUUUGUAGAUAUCAGUGCAGAGUACAAAGCUGAUCUCACUCCAGAGUUUGCCAAGCUCCUCAACACCUACCUCGUUCACUCAAGGCUUGAAACCUUCCUCCAGAAGCUCCAUGAAAUGAUCAUCCUGAAGCUGGGACGUGUCAAAAGUGUGGAUGAAUUCCGACCCGUAUGGAGCCUGAAGGAAUCACUCAUUCCUCUACUUGACGAAAAAGACUCGGAGUUGGCUGCAGAGCUGGAAGAUGCAUUCCCAGAUGAGAUUCUCCUCUCCCAUGCUACUGCUACCUGGAAAGCAGCUGCUCUCUUCAAAAGAGAACGUAGGGAAAGCUAAGGCCAUUAGCACCACGGGGCCUGCCUCUGGCCACUAGUGAUUUUUCCUCCUCUUACACCGAGCAUUUUAGUACCUCAAACAUAGGCUGCAAGUGAGAUUCAGGAAGGUCAGGGUUUAAUGGGUCUUGGUUUUGUUGUGUUACCUUUCCCGCAGCAGGAUAGAGUAGAAAGAGAAAGG